GCCAUACGUCACCGCCAUAAUUCUUUCACUCGCGACACCUGCCAGUGCCGAGAAUGCGAUAAUCUUAGACCUACUCAUCCAAUCCUCAAGCAAUCGCGCAUCUCCGGCGUACAGCUUGAGAUCCUUUCAAGAUGGAUCCUACAAAUAUCUUGCCGCAAUUAGAGCAAUUAGAUGAUGAAAUUGAUAAUCUCGAAGAAGCUCUACAGCCUAUUCUCGGCAACAUUUCAGAUGUAGCUAACAAGCUGCCCUUACUCGACAAGGCCAAGCUAUAUGUUCUUGCGACCUAUUCCCUCGAGUCGAUGCUAUUUUCUUCCCUCCGACUCAAUGGUGUCAACGCGAAAGAACAUCCCGUAUUUAAAGAACUUAGCCGCGUACGACAAUACUUCGACAAAAUCAAGAAUGCCGAGAACCCCCCGCAAAAGCCCGAACAAAGCCUGAAUAAGGAAGCCGCCAUUCGAUUCAUCCGAGCCGACCUAGCGGAGAACAAUAACAAGGUUGUCAAUACUAAGUUGACCGAGAUGAUCGCCAAAGAGCGUGCUAAAGCUGCCCUGAAGGCUGCGAAGCUUGGUGACAAGCGUAAAGCCGAAGGUUCCAACAACCCCUCUGCCGAACCUAGCGCUGAAUCUGAUGCCGAAUCAGAAGCGCCGCGGAAGAAAAAGAAGAAAGAGAAAAAGGAUGGGAAGAGGCAGAGGGAUAGAAAGAACAAGAAAACUUCCAAGUGACGAUUGAGAAUCGUAGCACUUAUCAUUCACCAUCCCUAGUUGAUUAUUACCGAAGUAAUAGCAGUGGAUGUCUUCUGUUUCCGCAGCACGAAACUAGAAGAGUUAUUAUGAGUCGAAUGUGCCGGUUUGGGGACGGAAGGCAUGUCCCUCAAUACUUGUGGGCUCAAGCAGACGCAACGUUACCGGCAUGAGCACCGGAUCAUAUUAUGCGACACCAACAGAAGCCGGGCAUUCAGCUAGGCAUACUGUUGCUCGUCGGCGCUGGUCGACCAAUUAAGGGUUAAGUGCCUAGCUCAACAGUAUAUAAUUCGAGCCGGGAUCCUCACCUUUAGUUUAUAUAUAUAGAAGCUCUAGGUUAUAAAGCUAGGAGCGCACCUUUCGAUAAAAUAAAAAAUAAUCAAGAACAUUAAAA